AGCACGCAACCCCAUUUUUGUGGCUAAAUUUUGGCGUGUGUUCGUGCGUGUUAAUAAUGUCUGGUCGCGGUAAAGGAGGCAAGGGUCUUGGAAAAGGAGGCGCUAAGCGUCACCGAAAAGUGCUCAGGGACAACAUCCAGGGAAUCACGAAGCCCGCCAUCCGCCGUCUCGCCCGUCGUGGAGGUGUUAAACGAAUUUCGGGUCUCAUCUAUGAAGAGACGCGAGGUGUAUUGAAGGUGUUCCUGGAGAACGUGAUCCGUGACGCCGUGACCUACACCGAGCACGCCAAAAGGAAGACCGUUACCGCUAUGGACGUCGUAUACGCGCUGAAACGACAGGGUCGCACUCUGUACGGCUUCGGUGGCUGAAUGCCCUGAAGCGAUGGAAGUCCACAAGCUUGAAUCGUCCCUCAUCGCGGGAAUAAUAUUCACGUCGGAUAGAUACGGCCGAAACAAAAUAUCUUGUAAAUACAUCGGUGCCAAUCUUCAAUUGUGCAAUCGGAUUGGCACGAUUUUUUUGUCCGCCCCACGCCGUUCUGACAAGUGACAAGCCACCGGUCGCGCGUUUUAAUCAAGCCGAAGAUGAUUCUCUUCUGAAAAUCUCUUGUUUGUAAAUACUGGAACCGCUCCCCUCAAUCGUAACCAAAUCCAGAUUUCGAGCGAAAAAACUCCUGCGAGGAAGCGGAGCUAGAGAGAAAUAAAAGCGAAAUGCAAGUAUAAAUUA